AUGAACUCAAUAAAAGACUCUCAGACCUGUCAAAUCACGCCUUGCACCGCAAAGUGGACCUUUUCAACGUGGUCAAGGUGCUCUGCUCAAUGUCCUUCGCAUAGCUCUGGCACUGUAAAUGGAGAGCAAACGAGGGCAGCUUCCUGUCGAAGGAUUGAUAAUAUUUCAAUUCUCUCACACAGCGAAAACUGCCAAGGCGACGGUGCCACGGGCGACGUGGUAACUCCUCAUCGAGGCGGCAACUUGCAAAUUGGCGAACAGGAGCGUGGACUUCUUGUUCAAAAACAUGCGGGGGAGGAGAACAGCAUCGCUCAGUCAAGUGCAGAAGCAGGCGAGGAUGCCGAGGACGGAAGCCACUUAGCUCUCAGGCUUGUAAUAUCCAAAGCUGCCCUGUGUACAGUACGCAAAUGCCAUCAACGUCGAUGA